AUGAGGGCCGAGGUUACGGCUCUUGUAAAUAAGAGGUGUCUGGAAUUGAACGGCCUUGAUGAAACUACGACUGAGGAGGAUGUAGUUUCAGUUUUGAGGGAGAAAUUGGGGAAGCCUGACACGGACAUAGUGUGCAGACUUCUGCCACGUUUUAGUGGCACAAAAGUUGCGUUGGUCCGCCUGGCAGAGGCUGAUAGUCAGACUCUGCUCAAGAUCGGCAAAGUGAGAAUAGGAUGGCUAAACGUCCAAGUCAGAGAGCAUCUGGAAGUUGUGAGGUGCCUAAAGUGCCUUACAUAUGGACACGUGACCCGAUCAUGCAAAGGCCCCGACAGAACUAAAAACUGUCAGAGAUGCGGCGGUGAGGGUCACAUGGCAAAGAACUGUUCUGUCGAACAACCUAAGUGCUUAACAUGCACAGAUUUAGGAAAGACAGAUAUUGUCCAUAUAUCCGGGAAAAGCUCUUGCCCGGUUUACAGGGAAUUGCUGCAGAGGCUUAAAAAGGCAAACCCUUAA